AGCCACAUUUCUAAUGCACACUAGCUCCCAUAUUGGACAGCACAGGUGUAGAACAUUGCCAUCCUCGCACAAAGUUCCAUAGAUUGGACAGCACAGAAUCCUAGUGUAUGUCUUACCUUUGCUGGAUACCCUCAAGUAUUUGCUAAGUGAUUGCAGCUGUUCCCCUCCCGAGAUAAUGGGGUCAUUUUCUCCCAGGGUGAAUUCAGUUCUUCCACUUCACCUGUCAGUUUUUUCUUGGCGGAAGUGAAUGAAAAGCUACAGCCCUUCUUGCUUUUUCAGCUGUUUACAAAAUCAAAUAAUUGGCAGCUGAAAUCAAGCACGGAAUGUAUAUAAAGAAAGCUCUGUCUCAUCUUCUGUGCAGCUGGGUAGUUGGUAACAGCAUCCUCGUGCAGUCGGUCUUUGAGUUCCCUUUCUGUCUGCUGACUUAGUGCCAUGCUGCUUGCCCAUUUGUGGCUUUCCAUAUAGAGGUGAGUGUGGGGAUGCAUGUUAUCUCGCUUAUACAUAUAUGUACAUAUAUUUCCUUAUGUUUUGUUUUGGUUUUUUUGUUUUGUUUUUGCUGCUGCUUAAAUGUGCUGAAGAAAGUAAGAAACCCUUCCCUUGGCAGACUCCAGCUCUGAAAUCUAGUCCAGGAAGAAUUCAUGAUAUCAUUGUUUACUUUGUUCAAAUUUCAACUCCCUCCUUCUUCCCUUCACUUUGGAGAAUUAUUGCCAGUUCUUCUAGUUUUGCAUAGCUUUUUUAUCAUUCCAGCUUGUCUUUAUUAUCCACUUUUUCUGUUUGGACCUUUUUCUCAUCUUACCCCUAAAACAGGGGCAAACAUUUUCUUUAAAGGGCCAGAUAGUAAAUAUUGUUGGCUUUGUGGGACGGAUGGCCUGUGUCACAGGUGCUUAACUCUGCCAUUGAAGUGUGAGAGCAACCUUAGAUGGUCGCAAAAGGAUGGGCAAGGCUAGAUUUGGCCUGCAGUCUAUAGUCCCCCACCCCUCCACCCCUGCCCCAAAUAGCAUUUUAAAUCCUACUUCAUCAUGCCAAGAGUCUCUGAUCUGCCUUUUCUUCCCCAGUUAUGGCCUUCCAAUUCUAGAGUUAAAAGUGCCAGCUGUGCCUUGAUUUUCUUUAUAAAAUGUGUCAUUCAUUAGCAAGUACAUAUCAGAUUUCUUCUGAUUUCAUUGUAUGUUCUGUGAAUCAGCAGAAGGCCCAAUGAGGCUUGAUAAGUCUUGGCUUCUAACACACCUCAGAUGUAUGUUCCAGGAGACUGACUGUAACUCCCGGUUUACUUGAUUUCCACUCCAUGUUGAGAAGUUACUAGUCACCACAUCCCAGUGUGCAUACAGUCUUCCAUGUUAUUCUAAAUAACAUUAAUUAAGCAGGUACUGUGAGUCAGACACUGUGCCAGGUGCUUUACAUGCAUUAGAUUGUGUGAUCCUCAUAAGUGCACCAUAAGGUGCUACAGUGUUAUUACUGUUUUACAGAUGAGAAAACUGACAUUAGGAAAUUAAGGACUGCCUGUGGUCACAUUGCCAGAGCCAUAUAUUGAAGACCAUGUCUGGGAGCUUCUACUUUGUAAUUGUUGGCCACCAUGAUAAUCCAGUUUUUGAAAUGGAGUUUUUGCCAGCUGGGAAGGCAGAAUCCAAAGAUGACCAUCGUCAUCUGAACCAGUUCAUAGCUCAUGCUGCUCUCGACCUCGUAGAUGAGAACAUGUGGCUGUCAAACAACAUGUACUUGAAAACUGUGGACAAGUUCAACGAGUGGUUUGUGUCAGCAUUUGUCACUGCGGGGCAUAUGAGGUUUAUUAUGCUUCAUGACAUAAGACAAGAAGAUGGAAUAAAGAACUUCUUUACUGAUGUUUAUGAUUUAUAUAUAAAGUUUUCAAUGAAUCCAUUUUAUGAACCCAAUUCUCCUAUUCGAUCAAGUGCAUUUGACAGAAAAGUUCAGUUUCUUGGGAAGAAACACCUUUUAAGCUGAAUGCAGAAAAUUCCAAAAUAAAUGAUGUCACCACAAUGGUGUAUACUCAGGAAUGUGUACAUUGUAAGUUACUUGAUUAAAUAGCCUGGAAAACUUGUGU